GCUCGAUGUACAAUUUGCCAUGAAAUGAAAGUUUACAUCAUCAUGACUGGCCUAUUUCAUACUUGAAACCACCAGGAGCUUGGAAAUGGAAUGGAAACAUAGAACGAUAACCUAAAUAUAUUCCGUCUUUAAUUAAAAGAAAUUGAGUCGGGACGAUGCCUGAUCAAAAAAGAACCAGAAAACGACUGCGUGUGACCCUUCCUCCAAGGAACACCCAAGAAGCUGCUUCCUCCAGCACUAGCACAAAAGAGAAGGCCGAUGCAGCAGAUUCAGCAGCUACAUGUACAGGGACUUCUGAUGCACCUGAGAGAGCUGCCACAAACUGUACCAGCCCAGCAAAAGAGAAAAGUCCACAGUCGGACCGCUCGGGGGCAAGUAGCCCUGAGCAGAACUGUGCAAUAUGCCUGGGAAAACUGGAAAACAAGUCUUUCACCGAUAGUUGCUUGCACAUGUUUUGUUUUGUUUGUCUUCUGGAGUGGUCUAAAGUGAAACCUGUCUGCCCUCUUUGCCAGCAACAGUUCAAGCGCAUCAUUCAUAAUGUACGUUCUAUUGAAGACUUUGAAGAAUAUGAAAUUCCACUGGAGCAACCAACUUGGGAAAAUCCUGGGGGAGCCAGGUUUAGAUAUCGUACAACACAGACUCACAACAGACUGUUCCAAAGAUUUGAAAGAAACUUUGCUAAUAUGCUACGUCCUGUGCCAGCAACUUCUGUUACAACACGUUCCCAGUGGAGGUUUCGGAGACAAAAUGCAACUGCAGAUUUCCGUCGAAGAGUCUACCAGAACCAUAUGUGGGUGCAGCCCCAUACAACUGGAAGGGUGCGAUCUACCUCAGCAGAGUUCUACACCCAGAAUCCAGCUACUACCCAUCGUUUGAUUCCAUGGUUGAACCGAGAGCUCCUGGCUUUGCUGAACAACCAAGAACAGGUUCACUUUCUCCUUGAACUAAUCAUUGACCUCACCAAACGGUUUGAUAUUCAGAGUCAGGAUUUCCUAACGCACAUUCAGCCUUACAUCGGUGACAGAACUGAACAUUUUAUUCAUGAAUUCUACCAAUUUGCAUGCUCUCCCCAUGACAUGGUGAUGUAUGAUGAAGAGGCGACCUACAAUCAGCCUGAAAUUGUCGAUGACAACUCAAGUGAUAGUGACGAUAGCGAUGUGAUGGUUAUCUCACAAACAGACAUCUUGCCGAAUGUGUCUACUCUACAUAAUUAUGCAGUGCCCUCUGGUGGUGGACAUCAGAGGCAUGUCAAUCAAGGAAGGCGUGAGCCACCAGCAGAAAGACGGGGUGGUGGGGACUUUCCAGACAUUACACCAUUACUCUUACAGGACGUCCAUAACUUCCUUUCCAUGGCUGAUUCGGUCACUGGUGGCACUGGUAGAGGUAACCGUCGCUAUGGAUUGGGCGAUGAACCAGGCACGGCUCAUUCUGGAUGGGAAUCGCCGACACCAGGCACAUCAUGGUUGGCACCGAGUCAACCAGAUUUUUCUCUGCUCAUGAGUGACGUGCCUUUAGAUUUUACUAUGUCAAGAAAUAAUAGUACUGCAGAGACUGCUGAUAAUGUUCCAACUCAAGAGUCUGAUGGAAAUGAUAGUGAUCUUGAGAUUAUUGGGUAUGAAAAACCUAAAGCUGAACGUACACCGCCUACCCCUAUUCUCAUAUCAUCUGAUUCAGAUGAAAGCAUUGAUGUUGUGGCAACACACCAGAAAAAGAAGAAACACAAGAAAUCUUCCCGUCAUGAUCGUCAUGGCAAACGUGAAGGUGACAGGAGAAGGUCAAGGUCAGGGAGUCGUCGGAGGCACCGGUCAAGGUCGCGUCAUUCAAGAGAGGAAUCGCGGAGGAGGUCAAGGUCACGGUCACAACAUCGGCCAAGUCUAUGGCAGGGACGAGAGAGUUCUCGUGAACAGAAUGAGAACAGACAUGAGAGAUUACAGUCUUUGGUCAGACCAGUUGGUAUUGCCUUGGACAUUCACAGAAAAUCAUCGGUAACUGGUAAGCGUGGCCACUAUCAUUGGGAGUUUUCAAGCCCUGGUGACCCAAGGAAUCCUGAAAUGUACUCUACACAUAGGUUUCACGGUCGCAGACAAGAUGGUCGUCACUCAAGUUCUGAGACUUCCACCACUGAAAGGCCUGUAGAGGGCACCCGAGGUCAUCGCACUAAUCCUCACUCAUGGAUUCGUUCUCAUUCGAGCCCUCAUUCUCACUCUAGCAAUCAUUCUCACUCGAGUCAAAAACUUUCCCAUAGAAGGUCAAUUAGUGCAAGUCGUGGAGGAAGUGUUGAAGUAAUUGAAAAAAGCUCAAGGAAAAGAAGUCAUAAAAAACAUAAGAAAAACAAAAAACAUAAGAAACACAAACGAGCAAGGCGUUUGGAUGAUUCCGAUGGGUUUGAGAUAGUCGGUGAACCUAACAAGCUUGGAGAGUUGAAAUCUGUUAAUCAAAAUGAGGAACACAGUGCUGAUGCAAGUUCUAGCUCUGGGGCAAAAUGCAAGAAACACCCUACAGGUCAUAAAAGUACAAAAAAAUCAUCUGCUGGGAUCACAAGUCAGAUUGGUGCUUAUGUUGAUGUGAGAAGUGAAGAAAGUCAAAAGAAUCAUGAGGGUGCUUCUAAAACAACUUCAAAACCAUGCGUUACAGCUCCUAGAACAGGUCCUGAAUCUGUUGUGCUUGAUUUGAAUUGUGGGGGUUCUGGUGUUCAACAUGCAACCCAUUCAGCAAGUGGGGAUGUUCCAGUUCAUCAGAGUUCUAAUGAUCAUCCGCUUUUCCCAAUAAUGAACUCUUCACAAAACAGUAGCCUUGGGGAAGGUGGUGGCAAUGAUCCUACAGGAAAUGCACCAGAUUUUGCCUCUCCAUGUCCAGUAAGACCCACAAGAACUAUCAUGUCUAAAUGGGAUAAACCUGAAAACUCAGAUUCAACAACUUGUGAUGAACCAGGCCCAUAUUCAGAAAAAGUAACUUCACCUCUUUCAUGUUCCUUGGUUGACCAUUGUUCUUCCUAUGCUGAUGUGAGCAUGGAAAGUGAAAAGGGAAAGACUGCCAAUGAAGAUUGUGCUGAAAACUACCAAGAAAUUGGUGUAUCUUGUCAGGAUUUAAAUGCAGACCGUCUUCAAAGUGUUGUCACCUUUAAGCAGACGUGUAUCAAUCAGUUAACUGAGAAGUUAGUAGGUGAGGAGAGCCUGUUUUUGAAUGGGUGCUCUGUGGACAGUGGAUGUGCAGACAAAGUUCUCAAUACCACAUUUGAUAGUUCUGCAGUUAUGAGCGGUUCCGAGAAAGCAGCUGUCGGAUAUGCUACAAAUAGUGAUAUCUUGGAUUCAGGAUAUUCAAGUGCUCGGGAUAAAUCACGUGUGCUCACAAGUCUGACUCUAAAAUUCAGAAAUGGCGAGUGGCAAAAUGAGAAACUGGGUGAAAAACAAAACAGUUUGGUAGAUAACAGUGACAGGCUUAGUAAAUGCCUUGAGAAUCGUAGUUGUGCAACUGAUCUAUUCAAUAACACAUCUAGCUCAGAUUUAAAGAAUCCACCCGAGCCAAAAUCAUUGGACAGUGUGUCUUGGCAGAUACGUGAAGCCGGUGCUACUUUUGGGAGCUUGAAUGCAAAUUUAAGCCAGACUGCUUCUGAAGGUUCUAGUAAAUUAGAGUCAGAGAAUAGUCUAAAUGUUCCAAUGGAGACUAGCCAAGUUAGAAUGCCUUCCAAAUCGGUUGCAGAUUCAGAUUAUCGUGGGGUUGCCCCAAGUACGAGUAAGGACUACCAAGAAAACAAUUUUCAAGUGCAGAAUGAAAUAAGCGACAUUUCUUCAGUUUGUUCUGACAAUUCUAGCCAGGAAAUUCCACAGAACAGUAGGAAUCAAGCUUCACUAGAUCAUGCAGGUUCUUCAGUGGUUGGUAACCAUACAGGCCGCAGGUCUAGAAAGGACGUUCAUAAGAGACAUGAAGAGAUGUUCUCUGAAGACUCAUAUUCUGAUUCAGACACAUAUGAUUCAGAAACAUACUCGGGUUCCUCUUCAGGUGUUGAAUGUACUUCUGUAUCUGUUUCAACAAAAAAGAAUGUCAGGUAUGACUCGAAUGCCUUUACCGCAAGUAAGAAAACUUCAGUUACAGUAGACGAAGUGGUCACGAUUGGUGACUCUGAGUCAGAGGUUGAAUGUACUGGUUUUGUGCAACAACCUACACCACGAAGCACUACUGGUUCCACUGUUGAUGUUGUUGGAAUAAACUCUUCUGAAUCUGACUCUGAUGUCGAGAUCAUGAGUCAUCACAUCAACUUCUCCAAGACAAAUCAUGUGGACAAGUCGUUUAACUUUAGUUCUGACUCUCAGUCUCGUGACUUGGAUACCUCCAACCUUAGCAUGAACAUGGAUCACUUGCGGAGUCAUGAUCGAAAUACGAGUGAUAUAAACGUUACAGAUUUUAGUGCCAGUGAGCAAGGGCUUAGUCCAUGGGAAAAUGUCCAAGAGCCAAUCAUUGAUGUGGAAAUUGUCACUUCAGGAAACGAGACAGUUGAUACGGAUGCCACUGAAAUUGAUGUGGUUAAUGCUAAGAAUAGCAAUGCUAAAAAAGCGAGAUGUGAAACAUCAAUGUCGGAUUCUGAUUCAGAUCAAUUGGAAAUAGUUGUUGAUACUAGUCCAUCUUUUAAGAAGAGCCUUGCAUACAUGGAUGACUCAUUCUCUGCCAUGAUAUCAAGCCCUGAUCUUGAAUUCGAAUGCAGUACAUCAAAACAAGGAGAUGAUAGUGAAACCGGGUUGGUCCUGUCUUCAAAAUCUGAUUCUUGGUUGAUUUCAGGCCAGAAUGAUUACAACAAAGCUAAUCAUGCUACAUGCAGUAGCUUUUUGGGUUGUUCAGAUUCAGAUGAAUCGGUGUCGAUUUCUGUAACCAGUGAUAAGCAUGACCUGGAUCAUGUCAGUAGUGUUGAGUCAGUCGAACAACUGGGUUGUAACAGUGAGAUUGAUAUAAGCACAACAGAAACAACUUGGAAUGAAAGUCACACAAAGCACACUGACAGUUCGGGCUCACCAAAAGGGUCUCCGUGGAUCUCCAAAACCAGUGUCGGUCAUGCGGUAGUAGAGGAUAAUUUGGUUGGUCAGACAUCGCAGGACUUUACACCAGUAUCUGAAAAGCUUGAUGUGGGAUUAAAAGCGAUAAGUACACUGCCACAUUCCUUCUCCAUUGACUUCCCAAGUGGGGUGAAUGAGAAAGAUUUGCCUGAUGGAAGCACGAGUGAAGACCAGACAGUGGCAUCUGAUUCGAGUUUCAAUUCUGAUCAAUUUGUUGAGGAGCUUUGUCUUGACAUGAACUCCAGUUCAACUUCCUUGCAUCCAGAGCCAAACAGUUUCAAUUUCAGAAAUUUACCAGAAAUAGCCAAGGAAAGUCCCUUGACGGCGAAUUCAGAUUGUGUUACUACCAUGAAUACGAGCCAAGAUCAGGAUACUCUGCAAAAUAAUUCUGAUGGUUCCUUGUCUUUAGUUUGUAGAGACAGUGAAAUGACUGAAGAUCGUUGUGAUGAAUUGCAGAAUCAAUCCGAGUCAAAUCCGAGUGAAAACGCAAAUGAUACUGAGACUGACCUUGGCUCUGAGUCAUAUAAUGGAGACUCAACAUCUGAUUGCGUGGUGUCUGAGUUUCUCUUGCCAAUCGGUGAGGCCGUCAGUGACUCUAAUUCAUCAAGUGUAUCUAGGUCAGAUGUAGAUGAGAACUGUGGGCAUGGCAGUGAAAUGGCUGAAAAUAGUUGUAAUGAAUUGAAAGAUCAGUCAAAUCUGAACGAAAAUGAAGACAUAUCAAGUUCUGAAAGUGACCUUGGUGCUGCGUCAUGUGAUGGGGACUCUCCAUCUGACCAUGCAGUGUCAGACUUUCUCAUGCCAGUAAAUGAGGAUGUCAGUGACUCUUCAUGAUUAUCCGCACCAGAUGUAGAUGAGAACUUGGCCCAUGACACGUCAAAGCAUUCUUGGUCACUCAGUAAGUCAUAGCUAGGUUCAUUAACAGUGAAUUCUUUUGUUUAACCUUGUCACUAUGAGUUGAUUUGAAAUUUAGAUAUACUGAAAAUGCCUGAGAUUUUAAGUCCUGUGGAGUGCCUUCACAGAGUGUCCACUCCAGGCCCAUAUUCUGUUGAAGGAGUUCUGGAAGUACCUGUUCAGUGCUGGGUGGGCACCAAUGGAUAAUUUGAGUUCCUGUAUAUGGGACCUAUUGGUUAAAAUCACACAGCAGCUGGCAGUAGUAUAACGCAAAAGUUGGUCGAAUGUUUGUGUCAAAUUUCUAAUGCCUCUCUAAAUCACUGAUGUUAUAAGCGAUCUUGGUAUACAAUACAUUGCGACAGCUGUGCAGUAACUCUCACAAUUCCUACUUUAAAUUUUGCUUUGGAAUAAUUAUUAAGUUAUGAAGAGAUUUAUGUAAGUUGACACGCUUUAGUAGUGCAAGGGGCCUGAAAGAUGCAGCUCUAAAAAAAUUAAAUUCAAUGUAAAAAGAUUGAAAAAUUAUUACUUAUAAACUUUUGUGAAAUACCCAACGCUGUACUUUUGUGGUGAAUGUUGUCCAAAACAUUAUCAAUAGAACUUCUAAUUUUAUACACUGCAUCAAGUCAGAAUUAUUUUUAAUAUGAGUGUAACCGAAAGUUUAAAACUUGUUCAAUAAACAGUGUAAUGAUUUUGAGAAAA